AUGCCGAUGCACGACACCAUUAGCGCCGCGCGAGAGCACAACACGCUGGCGCUCAUCCACAUCAAACUCGCAACCGAGCACAUCCGCGACAUCUUCCUCGCCCUAUCACUCAUUGAUACGCCUUCUUUGAAGCGGCCUCAGGGCUGGUACCUUCAAGUCAAUGGCGUAUGCCGUCUCUGGCGCGAAAUCUCUUUGGACUUCGCUGGGCUUUGGGCGCGCAACGCCGGCUCAUUCCCCGCUCGACGCAUGACGGACCUCAUGAUCGAACGUGCGCGAAAGCAUCCCCUGAGCUUCGAAGGACAUUACGAGGAUCACGAUGGCUCGGGCUACGUGCUCACCGACUAUCAGCUAUCGCUCAUUCCAAUAUACAUCGCGCGACUACGCUCCCUCGCACACGACGAAUACACCGAUUGGUCAGACCUGUUCUAUCGCUUGGGCGCCUUUCCACAAUUGGAAUCCACAAGGAUCUGCGACGAUUCCGGCCCUGAUAUGUGGCAUGCGCGCCUUGAUGCGCCGAAUCUGCAUUCUCUCCACCUCAACAACGCGUUGAUCCCGUUCACCGCACCCAAACUUCGAUAUUUGCGCAUUGACAUGGACAACAUUGACUGGCGUUCGGAGAGAGACAUAUCAGGGUCCUUCGAUGAGCCCAUGCUUGACAGUUGUGCGGCAAUCUCACGGAUAUUCCCGACUCGCGAUUUCAUCGCCUUCUUGCAAUGUUCGGCGACAUUGGAACGCCUCAUUGUUACCGAUAUGCCUCUGUUGAUGCCGAGGGACCUCCCCACCGUCUCAGAGUUGCAUGCUCGACUUCCACGUCUCCGCGGGCUGCAUCUCAGUGGGAAGUCUCAGGCGAUGGGUGAUCUAUGGCGAAGGCUAGUGACGCCGCCCGAUACCCGAAUCUGCGUGGACCGUAUCUCUCCACCGUUUGAGUUCUCUGAUAUAGAGAUCAGAUAUGCUGUGAGAGACAUGGUAGAUGCGUCCGUCUACGAUAGCAUGAGGCUUGCGAUGACAUCUUCCUAUGACAUCAUGAUACAACUGUGGUCGUCAGCAUCACCUGGUGCCCGUGGUCUUGAACUUUCCGAAUCACUCCAGCAGGCAGGGUCAAGAGAAGGACCUGCUUUCACGCUAAGGGAGCCAGUUGGGUCGCGCGCACUGUUACAGACGUUUCCAGAUCCCGAAACGGGCGAAGGCAGUCGGUAUGGGAUAUCUUACGUCGAAACUCCCCAUGUCAGGUUUCAGAACGAUAUGGCCCGGCAAUUCUAUGGACUCGUGGGCAAUAUGUUUCCCUACUUCUCGCUGGCUAAACAUCUCGAUCUGACCGACAUACCAUAUGUGGAUCACAAACAGAACUACACUGCGGGUUACGAGAAGACCGAUCAUCCGAUGGCUCGCCUGUUCCGCGCACCGGACGGAUCCCUCUCGCCGCGGAGGAGCGUAGUGCUGAAUUGGUCCUUGAUCAGUUGCAUACAGUCCAAAAGCAGGGUCAACGCACCAGGCAGAUUGCAGGAGUUCUACCUUCCGAACUCCGUAGAGGCUCUUACGAUCGUCAACUUUCCUUGUGCUUCGUUUCCAAGUAUCAAGAGAUACGAUAACGAGGUCAAUGAGCAAGCUUGGAACGACCUGCUCGACGUCUGCAAGGCAUGCUAUCACUCUCGUCUACAGGCUGACAUCCCUCCCUUUUCCUUGAAGCUGGCAGAAUCUUCAUCCGAGAUGUCUAAUACAGAGCGCUCGGAAGAGUCAGAGUACGAACAUACCUUCGAAGGGUCGUACGAGGAUGCGGUGAGGGCUAUCACCGAGGAGGGUCGUCAGUGGAUCGCUCCGUUCGUCGCGAGCUUUGAAGAUCUGCGCAUUCAUACUUGGCCCAACUAA